CCUCUGGACGUGUCCGGCCUCGCCAUGGACCACCAAGAGCCCUACUCGGUGCAAGCCACCGCCGCCAUCGCGUCAGCCAUCACCUUCCUCAUCCUGUUCACCAUUUUCGGCAACGCACUGGUCAUUCUGGCUGUGUUGACCAGCCGCUCACUCCGUGCACCACAAAACCUGUUUCUGGUGUCAUUGGCAGCCGCGGACAUCCUAGUGGCCACCCUUAUCAUCCCUUUCUCUCUGGCCAACGAGCUGCUAGGCUACUGGUACUUCUGGCGCACAUGGUGCGAGGUCUACCUGGCGCUGGAUGUGCUCUUCUGUACCUCCUCCAUCGUGCACCUGUGUGCCAUCAGUCUGGACCGAUACUGGGCAGUGAGCCGAGCACUGGAGUACAACUCCAAGCGCACCCCGCGCCGCAUCAAAUGCAUCAUCCUCACGGUGUGGCUCAUUGCAGCCGUCAUUUCUCUGCCGCCCCUCAUCUACAAGGGCGAUCAGCGCCCGGAGCCUCACGGACUCCCCCAGUGUGAGCUCAACCAAGAGGCCUGGUACAUCUUGGCUUCCAGCAUCGGAUCGUUCUUUGCUCCCUGCCUCAUCAUGAUCCUCGUCUACCUGCGAAUCUAUGUAAUUGCCAAACGCAGCCACUGCCGAGGUCUCAGGGCCAAGAGGGGCUCUGGGGAGGGGGAGUCCAAACAGCCCCAUCCUGUCGCUGGGGGAGCUCCAACCUCAGCUAAGGUGCCAACCCUAGCCUCUCCUCUGUCUUCUGUGGGUGAGGCCAAUGGACACCCCAAACCUCCAAGGGAGGAGGAGGGGGAGACCCCUGAAGAUCCUGAGUCCAGGUCUUUGCCACCCAGCUGGUCUGCCCUUCCCAGAUCAGGCCAGGGUCAGAAGGAGGGCAUUGGUGGGGCAACGGCAGAGGAGGCAGUUGAAGAGGAGGAUGAAGAGGAGGUGGAAGAGUGCGAACCCCAAACACUGCCAGCAUCUCCUGCCUCGGUAUGCAGCCCACCCUUGCAGCAGCCUCAGGCUUCCCGGGUAUUGGCCACACUCCGUGGCCAGGUGCUUCUGGGCAGGACUGUGGGUGCUGCCAGUGGGCAGUGGUGGCGACGCCGGGCACAGCUGAGCCGGGAGAAGAGGUUCACCUUUGUGCUGGCAGUGGUCAUUGGCGUUUUUGUUGUCUGCUGGUUUCCCUUCUUCUUCAGCUACAGCCUGGGGGCCAUCUGCCCACAGCGCUGCAAGGUACCGCAUGGCCUCUUCCAGUUCUUCUUCUGGAUCGGCUACUGCAACAGCUCCCUGAACCCUGUUAUCUACACCAUCUUCAACCAGGACUUCCGUCGUGCCUUUCGAAGGAUCCUUUGCCGGCAGUGGACCCAGACUGCCUGGUGAGCCUGCCAGCUCGCUGCCUCUGCCCGGGUUGGUGCCAGGACCACCUGAUGGUUGUCCUCCCCACCUAUGUGGCCAUUUCCCUGGGGCCCACCUGCAGACCUCAUCCUCAGACCCCCACCCCCCCAAAGGGGAAAGGACAAAAGUGCCGUUCCCAGGGGCCCAUUUGAAACCUUCCCUUGUUGUCUGUACUGUGGGGUAGCUCUUCUCUACUUCCCUGAGCAAGGGUAGCUUGGAUCUUCUGGAAUGUAGCCAAGGCCAGACUGGAUUGGAGUACCUCCCCCCACCCCUGCCCCCAGCUACCUGUAAGCCAACAGGUCAGGCUUCCCUUUCUUGGAGACCCUGUGCCUUGGCAGGCCACUCACUUGUGGUGUUUUGUUUUUCUUGGAUGUGGGGGUUUUGUUUUGUUUUAUAUUUUGAGAGGGGGGUCUUGAAUGUAGCCCAGGUCAUCCUGACUUGCAAUGUAGCCUGAGGAGGAUCUUGAAAUUCCAUUCUCCUGCCCUCUCCUUCCUCGUGCUAGGAUUACAGGUGUCUGGUUUAUGAGAUGCUGGGGGAAUUAAUUCAGGGCUUUGAGCAUGCUAGGCAAGCCGUCAACCAAUUGAGUUACAUCCCCAGCCUUGAUUCUUCCCCAUGCCUCUCAAAGAGCAGGAAGCCA